AUAUGAUAUUUUGAUGUUUUGCCAAAAGUUUUGCAACUUUUUUAUAGUGAAGUGAAAAUACAAUAAACAAAACGAUUGUCAAAUUGAAUGUCCACUCAAUUUGUUAAUUAAUGUCUUGUAUUAAGUGGUGAUUCGGAAGUGUUGGAAGCGCUGACCAAUGGUGAAGACAUACGUGAAGGUGUCAUACAUUGGUUUUGUGUUGAGUGUGAUAGGAGUGGGCAUUGGAUCUACUUUUGUGCCACAACUGAAGAGAGAGAAACGAGAUUUCACUAUUAAGACUUCAGACAAACAAUAUAUGGAAAGUCUGCCGAAAGACAACUAUCGGAAAGCAAUCGAUGCGAUCGUAAAGUCAGACAAACCAUUCUUCGGCGUUCAGGUGUCCAGUAGUGGACAGAAGUAUAAGAGAGGCAAAGAUCAGGACGAUAUCGCCAUACUUUGCAGACAAAACGGCAUCGGCUGUAGUCUUGUCAUCGGAUUCGAUGGACUUAUUAAAGACAUUGGUUACGACGAUGUCAUUGCCUCAAAGUAUACUGAUGUCAGUGAAGUAAUCGAUGGCACAAAUUGUUCAAUCAUUCCCGGACUCAUUGAUAGUCACUGUCAUCCGGUGUUCGCCGGCGACAGAGUCUUUGAGUUUGACGCCAAGACGAGAGGCGCCUCUUAUUUGGAGAUCCAUGAGAAAGGAGGCGGUAUUUAUUAUACCGUUUCUCAGACACAGUCCGCACCCGAAGACCGACUUUUAGAUCUACUUUUGGCCAGAAUUAAAGAUAUGAUGUCUUGUGGCACCACUUUAUUGGAGUGCAAAUCAGGCUAUGGUUUAGAUUUAGAGACCGAAACCAAAAUGUUAACUGUUAUCGAAAGAGCCAAACAGUUGUCACCAAUGGAUCUGGUGAUUACAUUUCUGGGCGCACAUGCAGUUCCCACUGGAAUGUCUGCUGAAGAAGGCGUUGAAUCGGUUAUAGAAAUGAUGAAAAAAUUAAAGAAUAAUCCGAAUUUGAACAUUGAAUUCGUGGAUGUCUUCUGCGAAAAAGGCGUUUAUGACGUGAAACAAAGUGAACACAUCUUGAAUGCGGGCAAAGAAUUGCUGAACGCUUUGCCAGCAUUUCAUGGCGAAGAACUCAAUCAUUUGGGUUCCGCAGAGAUGGGCGCCAGAGUUAAGGCCCGAUCUGUCAGUCAUCUGGAAUUCAUAGGCGAAGAGGGAAUAAAAGCACUUUCAAGCCAUGAAAUUGUGGCCAUUGUUUGUCCGACAACUCUAUAUCUAUUGANAAAUUGUGGCCAUUGCUAUUCCCUUCCGAUGGCAAUGAAUAUAAGUGUAAUAAAGUGUGGACUGACUCUCAAUGAGUCGUUGACGGCCACCACUAUUAAUGCGGCGUUUGCUUUGAAUCGAUGGCAAACACACGGCUCUCUAGAGGUGGGAAAAGUUGGCGAUGUGGUGGUCAUCGAUGCACCCGAUUGGAGACAUAUUGUCUAUGAGUUUGGAAACACCGGUAAACUUAUUAAACAUGUUAUCAAAAGUGGAAACUUAAUAAAAUGA